AAUAUCUAUCAGGAGGCUGCAGAGAAAGAGGAAAAAGGGAAAGAGAUUGAUGUAAAGAGGGAGGCAGACCCCAGACCCAUUUAAAAGGGAGGACUUGGCAUAAGGCAGACUCAGCUGGAGGGAAACUGUGCCAACCUCUUUCUCUCCUCCUCCUUUUCCUCCCCCUCCCUUGGCAAUAGAGGUGCCCAGAUUGCAGGAGGAGGAGGAGAAUCAGGAGAAUAAUCAGGGGGAGGGGGCACCUGCUCGGCUUGCUCGGCCUCCCCUCCCCUGUGUUGGGCCUCUUUCCCUUCUCCAACCAAAGCCACCGGGGCUGCUAUUCUCCCAGCAGAGAGCCCACCUCCCCUUAUUACUCUUAUCCCUCCUCCUCCUCCUCCUCCUCCUCCUCCUCCUCGCCCACCUGGCUGGCCAAGCGGGCGGGGGUCUCCUUGGCUUUCUUCUUCUUCCUUCGGAAGCCAUUCAACUCAUUCACUCAUUCAUUCCUUCGGCGGCGAGCUCCCCCUCGCGGCCAGCGCCGGGAUUACGUCCUCGCCUUUCUCUUCGCCCAGGAAGCCGGUCGCGGGCAACGGGGCGCCCCUUUUGCGCCCCCCAAACGGGGUCCUGGGGGGGCUCCGGCCCGGAGGAAGCGCACCCCGGGCCACCCGUCAAGCCCGAUGCAGACCAGGCCUCCUGUUGUUGUGGUCCCACUGAGUCGGCAGCUGGUGUCGCGCACCCCCACAACUUCGCCCCCCCGUCCCCAAGCCCAGCGAUGAUCUUCUGGAGGCGGCCUGCCCUCCUGCCGUGCCCCUCGCCCUCCGUCUCCGCCGCCGCCCGCCGCCCCGUGCCACCCGCACCAUGAGAGGGGCCCGGCAGCUGGUUGCCUGCGGAGGAGGAGGGCUGCUGUGCGGUGGGCGGAGUGGCUGAGGGAUGGCCUCCCUGGACCUGCCGUACCGCUGUCCGCGCUGCGGGGAACACAAGCGUUUCCGGAGCCUGUCCUCCCUGCGCGCCCACCUGGAGUACAACCACACCUACGAGACCCUCUAUGUCCUCUCCAAGACCAACAGCAUCUGUGAUGCCACCGUUUUCCCCCUGCUGUCGGAUACCACCCUCCUGACGCCCGCCACCCGCCGGGACAUCUUCGAGAGCACCUCCUUCCAGGGCAAGGAGCAGCGUUUCACCUGCGACCUCAUCACCACCGACGAGCUGGAGUCCUCGUCCUCCUCGCCCGUGGCCUCCCGCUACGUCCACGAGAUCGAGAUCCCGCUCACCGAGAUCUUCACCCGCAAGGCCAUGACCUCGGCCACCACCCCACCAGCCGCAGCGGCCGCCGCUGUAGCCGCCGUGGAUGCGGCUUACGAGGAAGGCCUGACCCGCCUCAAGAUCCGGGCCUUUGAGAAACUGGAGGUGGACAAACGCCUGGAGAAACUGACCGAAGAAGUGGAGCAGAAGAUCGCCUCCCAGGUGGGACGUCUCCAGGUGGAACUGGACCGGAAGACCUCGGAGCUGGAGAAGGCCAAGCAGGAGAGCCUCCGGUUGAGCCGGGAGAAGCAGGAGCUGGAGGACCGGGCCGUGGAGCUCUCCCGGCAGGUGGACGUCAGUGUGGAGAUGCUGGCCUCCCUCAAGCAAGAUCUGGUGCAGAAGGAGCAGGAGCUCACCCGCAAGCAGCAGGAAGUGAUCCAAAUCGACCAGUUCCUAAAGGAGACGGCCGCCCGCGAAGCCAACGCCAAAGUCCGCCUCCAACAAUUCAUCGAGGAGCUCCUGGACCGCGCCGACCGAGCAGAGAAGCAACUGCAAAUCAUCAGCAGCAGUUGCGGGACGACUCCCAAUUGCAGCCUGGGCCGGUGCAGCGUCCCAGGGUCCAAAGGCUCUGGAAGACCGAGAGACAGACAUUCGGUUCCUGGUGCCACGGCCAACAGUUCCUAUGCCAACCAAAGGUCUUCGUCCAGUACUGGGGCCUCCAGCCAUGCCAAAGCCGUGUCCCAGAGCUCCGGCUGCUACGACAGCGACAGCCCCGAAUUGUACCACGGGGAGGAGAACGCGGACUACGCGAGCGGCCAGAGCCGGGGCUCCGACGGCGGCUUCGACCGGUCCAACGCGGUGCGCGGGUCGGGCCUCCGCAGGCAGGCCAUCCAGAACUGGCACCGCCGGCCGUACCGCAACAGCACCGAAGGGGAGGAAGGGGACGUCUCCGACGUUGGCUCCAGGACGACCGAGUCGGAGGCCGAAAUCUGGGAGACGGAGCCCAGGGUGCAGCCCGAGGCCCAGCAGGUGAACUUCUCCCGGCCUGGGAACAACUCCCGGCUGCCAGCUCGGUCUGACGGUGGGAAGGCCCUUCGCCCCGAUCGCGGCAGCCCUUCUCGCUCAAACGAAGUCAUCAGUCCCGAAAUCCUCAAAAUGCGAGCUGCGCUUUUCUGCAUCUUCACCUACCUGGACACCAAGACCCUCUUGAGAGCCGCGGAGGUCUGCAAGGACUGGAAAUUCGUGGCCCGGCACCCGGCUGUCUGGACCCGGGUGCUUUUGGAAAAUGCCCGGGUGUCUUCAAAGUUCCUAGUCAUGCUUUCGCAGUGGUGCACCCAAACCCACUCCCUCACCCUCCAGAACCUGAAACCUCGGCAAAGAGGGAAGAAGGAGACCAAGGAAGAUUACAUGAAAAGCACACGGGGCUGCCUGGAAGCCGGGCUGGAGUCCCUCUUGAAAGCCACGGGGAGCAACCUCUUGAUUCUCCGGAUUUCGCACUGCCCCAACAUCCUGACGGACCGUUCCCUCUGGCUGGCCAGCUGCUACUGCCGGGCCUUGCAAGCCGUGACCUACCGGAGUUCCACGGACCCCGUGGGCCACGAAGUCAUCUGGGCCUUGGGAGCCGGUUGCCGGGACAUCAUUUCCUUGCAGGUGGCACCGCUACAUCCUUGCCAGCAACCAACGCGCUUCAGCAACCGGUGCCUGCAGAUGAUCGGACGGUGUUGGCCGCAUUUACGGGCCCUCGGGGUCGGAGGGGCCGGCUGCGGCAUGCAGGGCCUGGCAUCGCUGGCCCGCAACUGCAUGCGCCUCCAGGUGCUGGAGCUGGACCACGUGACGGAGGUCAACCAGGAGGUGGCGGCCGAGGUCUGCCGGGAAGGCCUGAAGGGCCUGGAGAUGCUGGUCCUGACCUCCACCCCGGUCACCCCCAAGGCCCUGCUGCACUUCAACAGCGUCUGUCGGAACCUGAAGUCCAUUGUGGUGCAAGUCGGGAUCGCUGACUACUUUAAGGAACCAAAUAGUGCCGAGGCCAGGAAGAUGUUCGAGGAAAUGGUUAACAAACUUCAGGCCCUGAAGAAGCGGCCGGGCUUUUCAAAGAUUUUACACAUAAAGGUGGAAGCGGGCUGUUAACCUUUGCGAGGAAGAAGCCGAGCCGACGACGUCCGCUUCCAUCUCUCUCCCGUCCGUCCGCCUGUUACGAAAAGACAACGCCGGCGUUGGGAGGUCUGCCGAUCUCCGUUCUCUCUAAGCCGGCGCUUUUGGGGAGCGACCCGCCAAGAGCACACACCUUUUUGCGCCGGCCUUCGGGAGCGAAAGCGACGGGCUCCUUUUCCUGGCGGAGGGCAGGGUGCGCUGUGCCGAAACGAUGGUGCUACAUUUACACAAUUAUAGAACCAACACAAGGGAUUUCUCAAGACUGCCAGGGCGGUGGCCCCCUUUUCCUCUCUCCUUUGCCUCGCUCUUCUGGCCGAGGCGGCUGCGAAACCAUCUCCUUGCAUCAGCCGAACCUUCUUUGCUGAGAGCCUUUACCUUCAGAGUUCCUUUUUCCUUCCAUGAGGUUCAGUAACUUAACAGCUGGAGGAUUUUUGCAUUCCUUUGCUCUUCUCUGCCAAAAUGAUUGAUCAUUCCUUUCCUCCGCAAGAGAGCCGUGAAACAUCAUUUGGGAACUCCUUUUCCACGGUCUCCAAUCUUGACAUUUCUUGGGGACUUGAUGUCUUGACAAAAAGACUUCUUUUGGGGAAGUAAUUGAAGGAUCAAGCAAUUUUUUGGUUUUGGUUUCUCUUUCUUUAAAAAGCAGAACUCAGCAAAAGUCUUUUUUUCCCCAAUAUGACCAGAACAUAGAAUCACAAGAGUUGGAAGAAUCUACUCCAACUCCCUUCCAUGCAGGAAUACACAAUAUAAGCACUCCCGAUAGAUGAUCAUCCAGUCUCAGUUUCAUAACUGUGGAAACACCAAAAUGCUCCAAACAGUGUCAUACAGCAUCAGAAAAAUUGUCCUCAUAUUUAGGUGGAACCUCUUUUCCUGCAGUUUGAAUCCAUUGCUCCAUUCUGUCCUGGUCUCUGGAGCAGCAGAAAAUAAGCCUGACUCCUCCUCCUCAUCAAUGCAACAUCCUUUCAAAUAUUUAAAUAUGGCUAUAAUUAACCUACAAUUAACUUCCCCAGCUCUCUAAGCCACUCCUCAUAGUGUUUGGCUUCCAGGCCUUUGGGCAUUUUGGUGAUUCUUCUCUGGGCCCCUUCCAUCUUGUCCAUCAUCUCCUUGAAUUGUGAUGCCCAGAACUGGACACAGGGUCAUUAUUCUAGAUACCAAAAGAGAAUAGGGAUGGACUAUGACUUCCCUUGGUCUAGACACUAUACUCCUAUUGAUGUUAAAACCAGCCUGAAUGAAAUCCCCAAAAUACCUUCUAUGGGGUUAUGUCUGAUCUUGGCACCUUGGAGGUCACUCUUGAAGUCAAAUGUGGUCCCAUCUUCAAAGCCUCUCAAACCAAAUUGGCUUCCGCCUCUGAAGCAGGAGAAGAUCUUUUAGCUUUAAAGGCAUUUUGCCAACAAUUCACUGAGACACAGAGAGCCGUCUUUCUGUCUUUUGGAAGUGCUGCCAUGGAGAGGAACAGCCCACACAAGGUCUCCUAUUCUGGAUGUCCAUCACCGCCUUCACUAAUUGGGGUUUGGCCAAGAGUAGGACAUUUUGGCUCUCAGUAUCCUCCAAGGAUUUAUGGUUCUGCAAGUGUCCUCCAGACAAACCACUACCCCCAAACAUCACACUUUCUGGUUUCCACCAAGCUUUGGGCAAUGGCAAAAAACGAAGCCAUUCCUCUGCAGUCUCUUGUCAAAACAGCUUAGGUGUCAUUUGGAUUUCUGAAGAAGAUGGAGCUUUGAAACCUGUAAGUUUCAAACCACAAAAGCCAUGCAGUGAUGCACAGCUCCUGAAGGAUGGACAUCCAGCUUGUGUUUGCAGACCUCCAAAGUCGGAGAGUCCACCACCUUCCAAGGCAAUCCGUCCCAUGGUUGAAUUGCUGUUCCCACCAAGAAGGUCUUCCUAACGUUUAGGUGGAAUCUCUUCCUCUUCUAAUUUGAAUGCACCAGUUCAUGUCUUAGUCUCUGAAGCAGCAGGAAACAAGAUUGUUCCAUCUUCUUCAUAACUUCCAGAUAUUUAAAGAUGGCUCUCACAUGUCUGGGAUUGUGUUGCCAUGGGAGAAGAUCCAAAGUGAUGAACCUCCAGUUCAUGAGAGCUGUUUUUGGAUACAAAGCUGGCAAUCUCCUCUCUGAAGCUUUGGCCAAAAUCUGGCCAUGAUCUUUGAAUUCAUGACCCAAGAAUUUGCCUUGAGAAAACGAAGCAUUUUGCAAUCUUUGGCCAAGACGUGUCGCCACAUACAUUUUAUCAACUGGAAGUCAACAAGCCCAGCCUUUUCUAUCCAUGCAUUUCAAUUGUGGAGAGAGAUAUGAAUCCCGUCACUUUUCUGCCCAUUGUGCAGAUGAUUCCUAGCAAUUCAUAGAAUUAUAAAAACAGGGAGACUAGAGCUCCAAUCUAGUCCAAUCGCCUUUUAAAAUAACAAUUAGGUUUUCCAAUUUCCUUGCUCCAAGGAGAGGAUAGGGAAAGCAAUGGGGACAAAGGGUGGUGGUCCUCCCAAAGAAAACCAAGCAUCAGCCGAGACCUCCUGAUUUGGUCAAAAUUAAAACCAUGAAAACCCAACAGUUUGGUGACAAGAAUAAAUUAUGCAAAGUAAACAUGACAUCUAUUCAAAAUCUGGGGAUGUUGUUGGUAUAUUUCCACUACCUUGCUAGGGACACCAAAUAAGCAAUGUGAGAAAUGUCUGAUCAUCUUAUAUAUUCUGGGAAAUUGGAAAGGGAACAAUGGUUAAGAUAGUGGUCGUUCUAAUGGCCAAUGGGAAGGCUUGGAGGAUGGCCAGAUUUGGCUGAAAUAUAAAGAAGUAAGCAGACGUAUAGAUCGAGCGGACAUUUAUGCAAUAUAUAUAUAGGUAUAGAUCAAAAUAUUACUCUUAACCAGAGUAUAUCAAUGCUUAGACCAUACGGCAUUUGCCUACAAAAUGAAUAAAUACCAUAUCAAACUGCAACAUAAAAGUACUCCCAACUAAAGUGUACCCAUCAAAUCAAUGGAACUUACGCAAGUGUAGAAGUGCCAAAUUCCCAAAUCUCAUUGGCUUAUUUGAUUAUUUAUUUAUUUAUAAAUAUAUGUGUGUUUUUUAUUAUUUAUAAUUCUUUUUCCUGAAUCAAUGGGACUUUUAUAAGUAGUAAAAUGCCAAGUUCCCAUUGGCUUGCUUAUUUAUUUAUAUAUAUAUUAAUAUAUAUCUACUUUCUAUUCUGCAUUUUUCCAGAAUCAAUGGGACUUCUACAAGUGUUAAAUCACUGAGUUCCCAUUGAUCUCAUUGACCUCUUAAUUCAUGUUUAAAGGUGUAUUUAUUUAUGUUAUGUUCUUCCAUUUUUCAGAAUCAAUGGGACUUUUAUAAAUGUUGGAAUUGCCAAGUUCCCAUUGACCUUGUCAGUUUAUUUUUUUUUUAUUCAUUUCAAAAUAGAUUGUUCAUUUUCUUUCUGUCCCACCUUAUAGCUUGGUAAAUCGCCAGGAUCCUUUGGCAGAGAAGGCUCAAGACCUUGCAAAACUACAACUCCCAGGAUCCCAUAGCAUUGGGAGCCAGGGCAAUUAAAGUGGCGCCAAACUACAUUCAUUCUGCAGUGUGGAUGCAUUCUUAAUUUUCUCAUGCAUGAGAUGCCCAGGCAAAGAGAGAAACCAUAUUAUUUAUUCCAAAGGGGAAAAACUAUGGAGCAGCUCAGCACUGAAUUGGUGCAUCCGUUGAAACUGCAAGGACUAUUUGGGCAGAAAGAUGUUUGACAGAUUUUUUGCCUUAACACAGACCAGCUUAGCACAAAAAAUUGGAUUAGAUACUCCCUUUGGAACAUUUCCCAUGUCAUAAUCAAGAUGCAUAAUUUAUUCUGUUGCUAAGACACAGGUUUUUCAAGGAACGGUUGGCAAGGUUUCCACUUGGGAAGACGAGCUGCAUGGAAAUGCAAAACCAAAUCAAUGGGCUAGAAAUCUAUCCAUAUGUACCUCCAUCCACCUGAAUAUAUCCAGGUCAUUUACCAUACGAUGCCCACAUGGCUUAGGCCAGUGAUUCCAAACUUUGGUGCUCCAAAUGUUUUGGACUACAGCUCCCAAAAGACACAACCAAAUUGGCUGAAGUCUAAAACAUAUGGGUUUGGCUAUGUCCAAAUAUGAUUCCCACCUAUAGUAUAUUAAUGCUUAAUGUGAAUCAUCCAUGUCUAAAACAAGUCAUUUCAUGCCCAGUUCUUUUGCUAGGAAACAUCCAGCCAUGAAAAGCUGCUAACAGUCAGAGUUGGGAUUGCUAGGCUCCAUCAGCCAAUAUUUUGGUACAUCUUUGCCCUUUUUUCAUGAUUGUAGACUUUUCCUUCCUGAUAAUAUACUAUUAUAUAAACCUUAUAAUUGAAAGUUUAGAUCAUCCAUAGAUAUUUGUAUUAAGAUCAUCUGGUCCUGGUGAUUUACCCAAUUUUAAUUUAAGUAGUAUUAAUACCAUUUGGACCUGGUAAUUUACCCAAUUUUAAUUCAUCUUUUUUUUCAUUAACAGCUCCUGGGGCAGCCAAUAGAUCUCUAUGAUCAUUUUGGUACAUCUACGCUGUAGAAAUAAUGCAGUUUGACCUCAAUUUUAUUGCUAUGGCCCAAUCCUAUGGAAUUGUGGGAUUUGCAGUUUGGUGAGGCACUAAAACUCUUUGGACAGAGAAGACUUGCAAAAUGAUAACUCCCAUGAUUCCAUUGCUUUGCAGCCCAGCAAUUAAAGUGAUGUCAAGCUGCAUUAAUUCCUGCAUGUUUAGCAAAAGAAAAAAUAGAGGCGAAAUUUAGAGUCAUAAAAUGUAAGUGAGAUCUUUAUCCAGACUAAAAGCUGCCAAAAUCUAUUCUUGUUUAAAUCUAUUUUCCACUGCCUGUUGAAACCAAGUCUCCGAAUUAAUUAUUCCACGAAUAUGAUCACCUGCACAAACCUGAUUUUUUAUUAUUAUUAUUUCUGGUUCCGGGAGCACAAAAGCCACUCUUUUCAAGAUUUGUGGAUUUUUAUCUGUCUCAAGAUGCACGACAUUCUGGGAAAUGCAGACUUUGGGGGGAAAGGACAUGGCUCGUCUUUGCAAGAACAGCAGCCAUUGGGCUCCUAAUUCAUUUUUAUCUUAUUGCCCUGAAGAUGCAAGAGAGGGAUUUGCAAGGACGCAGUCAAAGGAUGCCUCAAAAAAACCAGCAAGGACCUAUAUAAUAUCUUUAAAAAACAAUAAAGAGCUAACAAACAGAGAGGGACAAACAUGGGGGACAUUUGUGAACACCACUUCUAUGAGUUUUGAUAAGACUUUUUCACACGCGAGUUUUUUUUUUUUCUGGCAGCAACGAGAAACGUGUUGCUUUUGGCACAGCACAGGAAACCUGAAGAAACUGCAAGAAAGUCCGUAUUUAUUUCUAGAGAAAGCAGGAGAGAGCGUUUUUAAAGCCAAGUUAUUUACUCAGCAUGUGUCAAGGAUAUGCUCUGUUCUUAGUGAAGGGGUUGCUUUUCUUCUCCCCGGAGAGAGUGUCCUCCCUUUGGGCUUGGUUUGGGUUCUUUGUCCUUCUUCAUCCAGAAUUCGAAGCCUGGGAAACAAGCUAGAAGUGCAUCUGAUGCAACAAGGACUAAGGCUGGUUCGAGCAUAAUGCUAUAAUAAUAAUAGUGUUUUGUUUUGUCCAUGUUCAUACGCAGACGAUACCAUACAGGUCUCUGGAAGUGGUUUGGGCCCUCUCUGAUUAAUCCAGGGAUGUGUCCGAUGUGUGAUGGUGAAUUGAAUUGGUGCCAUGUAGUUCCAUUAGUUUUACAGAAAGUGCAACAACAAUGGAAGAACAAGUAGCUAUCUGGAAUACAAUCCGCCCUUUGUAGCCACGUGUCCCAUGUUUAACAUGGAGUGGUUAUGUGUUGCAAAGGAUAUACGGGGAGGAAGAGGUAAAAAAAAAUACCCAUGGUAAAUGAUGGCAAAGUCACUGUUGGUCAUUCACAAUAGUGCAAUUGUGUGCCAAGCAAAAGAAUGGUUGUGAAAUGAAUGGUGGUGCAGGGUAAAAAAAAAAAAAAGAGACCAAAGUUGACUUUGGGGGGAAGGUCUUUCAUUCUCCAAAGGGAUGGAGGGAAAACAUUAGGGGAGGGAGAGAAGGAAGGAAGAAAAACAAAGUAUUUAUUUAUUUAUUUAUUUAUUUGUCAGUCGGUCGGUCAAUGGGUUGGGGUUGACCUUGCUAUUUAUUCAUUUAUUUAUUUUCAAAAACAGGGGGAAAAAGCAACAACCAACAACAACAUCGUGGCAUUCUGUGGUCCUUCCUGCUUUGUGAAACUGUGUUCGAAAUGGAGCUGUGUGGACGUGUGAUUCCUGCCCCCUCUACUAACAAAAAACAAACAAAUCAAUUAAUAUUAUAAGUUUGCUUGACUGGUGUUUGUGGCCUUGCCUAUGCUAACACACUUUGGUGAAUGAAGGCAGGGGAUUAAAAAACGGAUUUGUUAAUGGGUACGGAUGUAUUUGUAAGUGGAAGUUGUUUUCUCGUCUCGGUGGUAUUUUCCCCUGUGAUUCGGUAUAAUAUGUGGUGUAUUUCACAUCCCGCACCUAUUUUAUUUGAAAUAUAGUCGACUCUCAGUUAACCAACACCUAUAGGGAUUGAUAGAUGCCGAUACAUUUAAUUUAAGGUUGCUUGAGAGUUACAAUUAAAAGGAGACCUAACUAAUACUAUAUCCCCAUAUCACGCCGUAGCAUAAACUCUGUAUUGACUUGUUAGUAAUACUGAAAUACGGUAAUUAAAAGCAAAUUAAGACCAAUACAGACAAACCUAAUAAUAAAAAUAAGUGUGUGAAUGCAGUAUGCAACUUUCCCCCCAGUUGCUUGAGUUCCGUUAACAUAGACUGGAUCUACACUGCCAUAUAAUCCAGAUUAUCAAAACGAAUAAUCCAGAUUAUUUGCUUUGAACUGGAUUAUAUUUCAGUGUAGACUAACAUCAUCCAGUUCAAAGCAGAUAAUGUGAAUUAUCUGCUUUGAUAUUUGGAUUAUAUGGCAGUGUAGAAGGUGCCAAAAUGUCCUGUUUUCUCUUCCUUCCUUCUGCUUUCCCCCUUUAUCCUCAGCUGAGCUCAAUUGCUGCAAACUGACUUCAAAGUACUGAAGAAAGUUACCAAUGCCCUGCCUGGAAUCAAUCCAGUUUGAUCUAGAUGAAUAUAUAUCGUUAUAAAUUUAUUUAAUCUUUGUGUCAUACUUAGGGAUAAAUCUCGCAAAUGGUGAUUCCCUCCCUUCAAAAAGUAUGUUACUAACUUUGCCCUUUUUCAUGAUGGUAGAUUUUUCCUUCCUGAUAAUAUACCAUUAUAUAAGCCAUAUAAUUGAAAGUUUAGAUCAUCCGGACCUGGUGAUUUACCCAAUUUUAAUUUAAGUAGUAUUAAGACCAUCCGGACCUGGUAAUUUACCCAAUUUUAAUUUAAGUAGUAUUAAGACCAUCCGGACCUGGUAAUUUACCCAAUUUUAAUUUAAGUAGUAUUAAGACCAUCCGGACCUGGUAAUUUACCCAAUUUUAAUUUAAGUAGUAUUAAGACCAUCCGGACCUGGUAAUUUACCCAAUUUUAAUUUAAGUAGUAUUAAGACCAUCCGGACCUGGUAAUUUACCCAAUUUUAAUUUAAGUAGUAUUAAGACCAUCCGGACCUGGUAAUUUACCCAAUUUUAAUUUAAGUAGUAUUAAGACCAUCCGGACCUGGUAAUUUACCCAAUUUUAAUUUAAGUAGUAUUAAGACCAUCCGGACCUGGUAAUCUACUCAAUUUUAAUUUAAGUAGUAUUAAGACCAUCCGGACCUGGUAAUUUACCCAAUUUUAAUUUAAGUAGUAUUAAGACCAUCCAGACCUGGUGAUUUACCCAAUUUUAAUUUAAGGAGUAUUAAGACCAUCCGGACCUGGUAAUUUACCCAAUUUUAAUUUAAGUAGUAUUAAGACCAUCCGGACCUGGUAAUUUACCCAAUUUUAAUUUAAGGAGUAUUAAGACCAUCCGGACCUGGUAAUUUACCCAAUUUUAAUUUAAGUAGUAUUAAGACCAUCCAGACCUGGUGAUUUACCCAAUUUUAAUUUGAGUAGUAUUAAGACCAUCCGGAACUGGUGAUUUACCCAAUUUUAAUUUAAGUAGUAUUAAGACCAUCCGGACCUGGUAAUUUACCCAAUUUUAAUUCAUCAUUUUUUGUUUUGUUAACAGUUCCUGGGGCAUUCAAUAGAUCUCUAUGAUCAUGUUUUAAUAUAUUGAAUAGGUAAUCAGUAAUAGGUAAUUUCUUUCUGAAAGGCUUGGAAAGUAAUUUCAUAUUUUUACUUCUAAAGUCAUAGUAGGCCCUUUUAAAAUAUGCCAGAGCUGAAUGUGUUUUAUCUUUUUGCGGGAUUCUAGUUUGCAUUCAUUUAACUGAAUGGAGUGGGGAAAGGACAGGAGGUUUGAAACUGCAUUAUAUAGUCAGUAUAGACACAUUUUUUUACUCCAACAACCAGAAAAUGGCCAGGUUUGCAGGGCUGCAGCUGAGAAAAGGUGGUUUGUGAAGGUAGAAGCAGAACCAGAAACCGGAUCAUCUCAUUACGAAGUCUUCCAGGAUGCAUCUACACUGUCAAAUUAAUUCAGUUUGGCACCACUUUAACUGCCAUGGCUCAAUACGAUGGAACCUUGAGAAUUGUAGUUUGGUGAGGCACCAGAAUUCAUUUGCAGUAAAGGCUAAAAACUUUGUAAAACUACAGCUCCCAGGAUUCCAUAGUACUGAGCUAUGGCAAUUCAAGUGGACUCAAACUGCAUUAAUUCUUCAGUGUAGAUGCAAUAUUGUCUGCAAUAAAUUGGGGGAGGCUUCAACCCAGCAUCCUGUUGAUUUCAUGGGGAAAGUCGAGUGUGCAACUGGCUAUUAUAUGGAAAGUCUUAAGAAAUUUAAAUUGAAAACAUAUCCAUAGGUGCAUCUGUAUUGUAGAAAGAACGUAGUUUGACACCCCUUUAGCUGCGCUAUCUGAUCCUGAGACUUGCAAUGAACUCUUUAGCAGAGAAAGUUAAAGAACAUGCAAAACUAUGUUUCCGUAGCAUUGAGUCAAACUGCAUUCAUUCAACAGUAUAGAUGCACCGUAUGUACGAAAUCAAUCCUGUGUAAAGGAGUUUAGAAGAAAGUUCCUCCAAAACGAGUGAGAUCUAGUUUCUUUUUUUAUAUAACACUGUGAACCUACUUUAAUUGCCACGUCUCCAUCGUCCUAUGGAAUCCUGGGAGUUGUAGUCUGGCAGGAAACAAUAGUCCGGAAUUAUUGUUGUGUGCCUUUAAGUUGAUUCCGAUUCAUGGCAACUCUAAGGUGAGCCUAUCAAUGGAGUUUUCUUUAUAAGGUUUGUUCCAGGUUGAUUGCCUUUGCCUGCCUUUGAGGCUGAGAGAGUGUGACCUGCUCAAGGGGUUCCACCCAUUAUUAUUAUUAUUAUUAUUAUUAUUAUUAUUAUUAUUAUUAUUAUUGGGUUUCAUAGCCGAGCGGAGAUUCAAACCCUGCUCUCCGGAGUCAUAGCCCAACACUCAAAGUACUACAUUGUGCAGGCGGCAGAUUACUAAAUCCCAAAACUAUAAAUCCAAGAAGUUGUUGCCAGGGCAAUUAAUAAAGUGCUAUAAUUACAUGGUGAGAAAGAGAUCCCUUAUUUCCAACAUUUGAUUUUUCUUUCCAAAAUCCAGAUUUUAUUAUAGCUAUCUGGUUGCAAACUAUUCCAGGAUUCCAUGGGAUGGAGCCAUGGCGACAAAAGUAGAACCGUAAUGGUCGAAUUGUGUAGUAUGAAAGGUAACAGGGAUUGUGCCAUGUAUAAGAUGUACACAAUGUGAUUUUUCUUCCUUCAAUGGGUUGCAAUUGAAGACUUUUAAGUGCAUCCACACUGUAGAAUGAAUGCAGUUUGACAUCACUAGAACCGCCAUGGGUCAAUACUAUGGAAUCCUGGGAGUUGUAGUUUUAUAUAUGAGUGCUGGUGCCUCACCAAACUACAACUCCCAUUUCUACACUGUGUAGAAUUAAUGCAGUUUGACAUCACUAGAACCGCCAUGGGUCAAUGCUAUGGAAUCCUGGGAGUUGUAGUUUUAUAUAUGAGUGCUGGUGCCUCACCAAACUACAACUCCCAAUUCUACGCUGUGUAGAAUAAAUGCAGUUUGACAUCACUAGAACCGCCAUGGGUCAAUGCUAUGGAAUCCUUGGAGUUGUAGUUUUAUAUAUGGGUGCUGGUGCCUCACCAAACUACAACUCCCAAUUCUACACUGUGUAGAAUUAAUGCAGUUUGACAUCACUAGAACCGCCAUGGGUCAAUGCUAUGGAAUCCUGGGAGUUGUAGUUUUAUAUAUGAGUGCUGGUGCCUCACCAAACUACAACUCCCAUUUCUACACUGUGUAGAAUUAAUGCAGUUUGACAUCACUAGAACCGCCAUGGGUCAAUGCUAUGGAAUCCUGGGAGUUGUAGUUUUAUAUAUGAGUGCUGGUGCCUCACCAAACUACAACUCCCAUUUCUACACUGUGUAGAAUUAAUGCAGUUUGACAUCACUAGAACCGCCAUGGGUCAAUACUAUGGAAUCCUGGGAGUUGUAGUUUUAUAUAUGAGUGCUGGUGCCUCACCAAACUACAACUCCCAUUUCUACACUGUGUAGAAUUAAUGCAGUUUGACAUCACUAGAACCGCCAUGGGUCAAUGCUAUGGAAUCCUGGGAGUUGUAGUUUUAUAUAUGGGUGCUGGUGCCUCACCAAACUACAACUCCCAAUUCUACGCUGUGUAGAAUAAAUGCAGUUUGACAUCACUAGAACCGCCAUGGGUCAAUGCUAUGGAAUCCUUGGAGUUGUAGUUUUAUAUAUGGGUGCUGGUGCCUCACCAAACUACAACUCCCAAUUCUACACUGUGUAGAAUUAAUGCAGUUUGACAUCACUAGAACCGCCAUGGGUCAAUGCUAUGGAAUCCUGGGAGUUGUAGUUUUAUAUAUGAGUGCUGGUGCCUCACCAAACUACAACUCCCAAUUCUACACUGUGUAGAAUUAAUGCAGUUUGACAUCACUAGAACCGCCAUGGGUCAAUGCUAUGGAAUCCUGGGAGUUGUAGUUUUAUAUAUGAGUGCUGGUGCCUCACCAAACUACAACUCCCAAUUCUACACUGUGUAGAAUUAAUGCAGUUUGACAUCACUAGAACCGCCAUGGGUCAAUACUAUGGAAUCCUGGGAGUUGUAGUUUUAUAUAUGAGUGCUGGUGCCUCACCAAACUACGACUCCCAAUUCUACACUGUGUAGAAUGAAUGCAGUUUGACACCACUUGAACUGCCAUGGGUCAAUACUAUGGAAUCCUGGGAGUUGUAGUUUUAUAUACGAGUACUGGUGCCUCACCAAACUACAACUCCCAAUUCUAUACUGUGUAGAAUGAAUGCCGUUUGACCCCAUUGUCUAUGGUUCAAUGCUAUGGGCUCCUGGCAAUUGUAGUUUAGUGAAGCAGCAGCAUCAGCACUAUUUGGUAGCAAAGGCUGAAGACAUUGCAAAACAACAACUCCCAGGAUUGCAUAGCAUUGAGCCAUGGCAAUAUAGGUGAAAUCAAACUACUCAUUGUGUUGUCGAAGGCUUUCAUGGCUGGAAACACAGGCUUGUUGUGUGUUUUCCAGCCUGUAUGGCCAUGUUCCAGAAGCAUUCUCUCCUGACGUUUCGCCCACAUCUAUGGCAGGCAUCCUCAGAGGUUGUGAGGUAUAUAAUGACAGGGGAUGAUUGGGUGCAGAGUGGGUUCCAAAAUUCAUCAUCCCAGUCUCACCUCUUUCUCCAGACUGUCUUCCCAUGUGGAGAAUCAGCACUGGUCAACAAACACUCCAGCAGGCAAAGGGGUCAGUUGAAAAUCAACUGUUGUUAAACUUUAUUUACAUAUCUAUUUACAGUUGCAUUUCCCGGCUUCCGAGCAUAGCAUUCAUAGUCCAUCUCCAGCGAAUGCUCAACGCCGAACACACACACACUAACGACACUCCCCUGCAUUCCACAGACCAUGAAGGAAGUCCCAGUCAAACAAACUUGACCCCAUUGGUCCUGUGAUACGUCAAUCAAAGAAGGUUCUUAUUAACUCCAUAGUUACUGAAAUGCCUUGCCGAAAACUCACACAGAAGGCAUUUCUAAAAGCCUAGAUUGAUUUUAACAUUUCACACAAUUCAUAAUACCCUGACAUAUAAAGAUGCCUGCCAUAGAUGUGGGCGAAAUGUCAGGAGAGAAUGCUUCUGGAACAUGGCCAUACAGCCCGGAAAACACACAACCACCAAAACUAUUCAUUCUACAUACCCUAAAUUUUCCAUCUCAACUGAAAAAGUGAAAGGAUUCAUUAUAUUUUCCCCAUAAAAAUGGGCCCGGGGUCCAUGACAAUAAGGUGGUGAAUCAUCUUUGGGUUUUAGUUUAAUGAACUGUCCAAGGUGCUGAAGUCCUGAAAUGGCUUCAGCAUUUGGACAUCUCUUUAUAGUUCGUACUAAAUACCAGAGCGGACUGAGCGCCCUAUUUAAAUGGAAGUUAUCAACAACCAGAACCAUCCAAUAAGAGUCGUUGUGCUGGAUAAUGUUUUAAAUCAUUUCAUCCUAAGUCUGGUUUUUAAAAAAAAGAGAGAUAAAACUAGCAUUGUCCCCUUGGCAAGUGGUUCCUAUCUUGAAUUAAAUGCAACCUGCAAUAGGUAAACAAAGUUGUGUAUCCGUAGAAGUCUCCUCUCUAGAAACGUCUCGGUCCUUUGACGCAAUUCUAUAUUGACCAUACAGUUGCGGAAGAGAAGAAAAAGAACAUCCGUCUCAGAAAGCACUUAUUACUUUUCUACAUCAAUCCUGGUAAAUAAUACCCGGGAGGGAAAAUGUGCGUUGGGGUGUGCCAGAAAGAAAGAAUGAGAGAAAGAAAGAGUGCAGCUCUUAAGCUAUUUUUUUAAUCAUAUAAAUAUAUGUAUAUUUUAGUCUUUAGUGGAAACGUGCCAGUGGUCUGAGAACCAAAACUGUUCCCUCUCUUGUGUCUUGAGACUGAUCCCAAAUAUAUAAUGCGGAGGGAGGAGGGCACAUGGACUUAUGGGAAGCAAAGCGGGGGGGGGGGGGGGGGGGGAGAGAUGCAACCAAGUGGCAAUCAACAGGGAAACAAAGCCCAUUGGAUUGAAUGGCUGGUGGUUCUUCAACACGAGAAUCCUCUUUUUUUCCCCCUCAAAAUGUUGAAAGUACGAAAUGCAGGACUGAAAAUGGGACAGAAUUAUCGUGGCAGCACAUUUGGGAAGUUCUUACCUUGUGGCUGUUGGAAUGACACUAAACUGGCAUCCUGUUGAUGAUGUUUUAUUUGUUUGAAUGUUAUUUAUUUAUUUAUUUAUUUAUUUAUUUACAGUAUUUAUAUUCCGCCUUUCUCACCCUGAAAGGGACUCAGGGCGGAUCACAUAAAACACAUAAGGCAAACAUUCAAUGUCUUAACAUAGAACAAAGACAAACGCAGGCUCCGAGCUGGCCUCGAACUCAUGACCUUUUGGUCAGAAAUCCUUCUAUAUCGCUUCCCAACUCCUUAUGCCAGAUAAUUCCUGGCAUCCUGUUCAUGACAUUCGAUUCCAUUUAUUUAUUGCCUCCAAACCCAGGACUACACCUGCCAUCCUGUGAGUGACAUACCAUUUAUUUAUAAACUUGGAUUUUCUUAGUGACAAUUUAUUUAUUCAUGUAUUUAUUUAUUUAUUCGAACUAUUUCUGUAUUACCUCCAAACCAAGGAUGCCAGAUGACUGGCAUCUUGUGAGUGACAUUUCUUUUCUGUGCCAUCUCCCAAACCCAGAUGCCAAACAAUGCCUGGCAUCCUGUUAAUGAAUUUCCAUUUUUGUAUUUAUCUUAAUUUAUUUAUUAUUAUUGUAAGACACAGCAAACAAGAUAGAUAUGCUGGAUUUCGUAUCACAAAAUCACAAGUUGAACACUUCCCAAGUGUCUAGGAAUGUGUGAUGUAUAAUAAUAAUAAUUUAAGAUAAAUACAAAAAUGGAAAUUCAUUAACAGUAUUAUUAUUAUUAUUAUUAUUAUUAUUUUAUUAUGACACAGCAAACAAGAUAGAUAUGCUGGAUUUCAUAUCACAAAAUCACAAGUCGAACACUUCCCAAGUGUCUAGGACUGAUUAUUAUUAUUAUUAUUAUUAUUAUUAUUAUUAUUAUUAUUAUUAUUAUUAUUAUUAUUAUUAUUAUACCCUUCUUAUAACACCAAUUAUAACCCUAAUCUUUAUCUCUCCCCAAGGAGACUCAAAACAGCUGAACGUAAAAGCAUUAGCAUACAAUUAAAAAUGUACAAAUAGGCAAACAUUAAAACAGAAUUAAACAUAAACAGUCGUAUAAAAAUUCAUGUUAAAAACCAUUAAAACAUAUUCAAAGUAUUAUUUCUAUGUUGAAUCCAAACUCAAGGGUAUAACUGGCAUCCUGUUAGUGUUGUGUUGUUUUGUUCGUUCAUUUGAAAUAUUUCUGUUUGCUUCCCAAUCCUGGAUUCCAGACUACACCUGGCAUCCUAUUAAUUAUGGUUUGUUUGUUUGUUGGUUGGUUUGUUUGUUUGUUUGUUUGAAAUAAGGCUGCAUCGCCUCCCGAUCCCAGAUGCAUUGUCUGACCACACUGUUUAGAAAACUCUCAGAUUCAGUUUUCAUCCAAAAUAUCACGAGGCUUUCAUCUUGACACAUUGCACUAUUUACAGCUGAACACAGAUCAGGAUCCACCGAUCCACAAUCAGAUCUGUACUUACAAACAAUUUGCAGAUACAGAGAAAUAUACUCAUGAUUAUGUUCACACAGCAAGAGAGAGAUUGAGCAUUUGCUCUCUCUUUUUAUAACCACCUGCUGACUUGUCAUCAUUAAGAGACAAAAGAAUGAUGCAGCCCCUUGUCAUACAUCUCACAUGGUCAUGGCUUAUCCAUUUCCACCGGCCCUUUAAGAAUUUCAUCAUUACUCUCUUAGUCAUUCCACAAGUGUGUUACCACAUGUCCAUCAGAACUGUAUUUCACACAUGAACUCAGUUCUGAGGCAUUUCUAUGUAACAUCAUCUAGACUCUGCACUCCUAUUGAUGCAGCCUCGAAUUGCAUGGGCCUUAUUAACUGCCACAUCACAUUGUUGUUGACUCCUGUUCCGCUUGUACUAAGAAUCCGAGGUCCUUGUUGCACCUCAGCACUAGUUUAAAAAGUUUAUUGAUAAAAGAUAGCAAAGUCUGAAUAAAAAGCAGUAAAGAAGGCAAACAUCCAAAUGCAAUGGCAGUCAGUAAAAAGCAAUAUUCAAAUGCAAAGGCAGUCAGUCAAAAAGGCUAUAAUCCAGAGGUAAAAGCAAUUUGCAGAAUAUAAUCCCAACUCUCUGAUAUAGGAAAUUAGUCAAGAUGAACUUCAGCAUAAAAUCCAAAACACAGAUUCCAGGCAUGAAUACAAACGAGAAUCCUUAGACAAGGCAGGAGAUGUGCUUCCAAAAAUCAAUGCUGCUUCAUCUGAAAUCUUUCCCUGUCUCUCCCGUAUUUACCCAUGUUUACAAGCCAAAAAAGCAUUUCUCUGCCCUUGAGUUCCCACGUGUUUGUUAGUGAUUCUAAAGGAACGUCUGGGAUGAUGAACCUUUAACCUUAACGUUGUAUCUCUAGCUAAGGAAGACUCCUCUGAGUCACUGCCAGAAACAUCUGGAACUUGUUGAUGUUCAAACUCCUGGGAAAGGUCACCCUUAUCAUUAGUUUCUGUUUCCUCGCUAGCCUGCUUCUCCCCAGAGCCUUCAACAUUUCCAGCCUCAGAGACUUCGAGAUUUCUCUCUUCAGCAUUGCUUUGGUCAGCCUGCAUAAACCCAAAUCCCCCUUCAUCAUCGGAUUGAACCACAACAGUCCUGUACAUUUCUCCCUGUUGAAAUUCAUUUUGUAUCGUGUUCAAGAACCACCGCCUUCCAAGUCACUGGGUCCUUUUGUUUACCUGCUCGACAGGGAAGGAAACAUUUGCACUGCAGCUGAGAGGUGGGUUUUCUUUCGCGUAAAGGGUCAAUCGGCAAAAGGCGGCACGAAACAAGGGAAGCUUGAGGUGCAGAAAGGCAGGGGCGCCCACGAUCCGAAGGAGACACCUGAGAACAUCCCCAUCUUUCCGUCCAUCCUGGUGACUUCUUUUUUUGGAGCCCCGUUCGGAGACCUUUGUGAAACUUUCUUUUCUCUUUUUUGGGGGGCUUCUUCUCUGGGGGGGGCAGAACCAUCAUCUGUAAAAUGCACUUUGAUGUCGUUGCUUUUUCAACUUUGCCGAAUGUAAACAAUUGCGUAUUUAAGAUUUAAACGGAAAGAAAAGAAAACCAAUUAUGUGUUAUAAGAGCUAUUUUAUGAUUCAGUGUUGAAUAAAGAUUCUUCAAACA